CCAGAGACCCAAAACUCCCACGCAAGACAAUCGAAGACUGGGUCACGAUCAAGGAUGGCGACUUUUUGAGACACGCGCAUCGCCGUUUCUGAGUUCCCGGUAGCUCACAGACUACUGAGCAUUAUCAAUUUCGGCAGGGCUCGUGGUGUUUGCGCUAUCCAAUGCACUAUUUGCCCUUAUUGGCUGGCAAUGGGAACUGCUCCUGACCUUCGAUUUGCAUGGCGCCACGAGAUGAAGCGGGGUCACAUGCGCAACACGAAAGUGGACGACGCCAAAUUGUCUUGCGGAUCGUUUUGCAGUCAAGCAUCUCAUGGCCGUCGCUGAAACAGUGCGGCCCGCUUGCUGCCCAGUGUCUGUGGCGAAUCAAUGCUGUGUCAGAGAGUGCAAUAAUUUUGCAAGCCACACCAAAAUUGGUAGCCGACACUUCCGCCGAGGCUGGCACAACGCGACCAUAAUCCUAAUCCUGGGGGGGCAAAUUUGGUGCAGACGAGCAGGAAAGGCACACCACACCAGCACUAACACUACUGCAAAGGGGCAGAAUGCUAGAGUGAUACAGCCUGCUGCUGGCUGGGGACUUGCAGUUCGCCUGAUCCAUGGGCGAAGUUGCCUUGCCCGCCGUUGACACUCUGUUCGGUGGCUGAGGAGUCGUA